AUGUUCAGUAAUCUACUUCAUGGUGGAUCUUGGUAUACAAACUAUUACGCACAAAGCCAAAUUCCUACAAAGGAUAUCGAAGAGAGUUUUGUGAAAGGCUCUGGGCCUGGUGGACAGAAAGUAAAUAAAUCGUCAAAUUGUGUUAUAUUGAAACAUAAGCCGACUGGCAUUGUGAUUAAGUGCCAUCAAAGUAGAUCCCAAUAUCACAACAGGAUAAUAGCUCGUCAAUUACUGAAAGACAAAAUAGAAGCUUCGCAAAAUUGUUCAAACAAUUCACAAGAAAAAAAAUUUCUUAAGCAGAAAAGAAAGAAAAUGACCUCCAAAAUACGAAGUAAAAGAAAAUUAGAAAUAUUGAAAGACAAUAAAGCCAUCGAUUAA